AUGAACGAAGCAAAAAAAAGACAAUACGCACACCUCGCUCAGCAAUUGACGCUACUUAGAUCUAAUCUAGAAAGGACAGCCGAGCAGAUAGAUGUCAUGUCGAAACAAUGUAACAAUCAUUUGGUGGGCCAGCUGGGGAAAAUCCACUCUUCUUGGUUUAUUGGUGGAAAUAGGUGUUUUGAAGAAGAAAUGCUUGGGGGUAAGAAAUGA